AUGGAAGACUCGGUUGGCCGCCAUCCGACAGCAUGUUUGACCUGCGCCAAGGCCAAAGUCCGAUGUUCUCCAGAGGCCAACGGGCCGUGUCAACGGUGCCGUCGCUUGGGUAAAGAAUGUGGGAAUCAACUCCCUGGUGCUCAUCGGCGCACAAAACAAUCAAAAACGAGCAGCUCUGAUGUUGCUGUACUGGAAGCGAAACUUGACCGCAUGGUCGCUAUGCUGGCCGCCUCGGAACAAACUGCUCGAGAACGGGUUGAGGCAGCUUCGACUCCAAGUUCUUAUUCUGCUAGGGAAGAUAGGGCCGCGUCUCCCAGUGAUGUCGACGACCAGCUUUUCGUGGAAGUGUUCAUCAAUAGAAUGCUUCCUCUUUUCCCUUUCCUGGUCAUCCCCGCACAUAUCACCGUGGAAGACCUACGCCGAGACAAACCAUUUCUGUGCAUGAAUAUCUCAAUGAUUGCGUGUCCAAAUGCCUCACGUCAACGGGAAAUCGCUGACUCAAUACAAGAAUAUGUAGCCAAGCACAUCAUAAUCAAAGGAGAACAAAAUCUAGAUCUACUACAAGGUCUUCUUCUCAACGUGACCUGGUUCACAACUGUCAGCCGUUUUCCGCGAAACGCUGCUUGCUGUGAAAAUAAUCCUGAUGGGCUGAAAUUUGAGCUAGAUGCUCGCCAUGUUAUGCGCAACACUUCUCAGAUUGAUAAUUUUGUGCAUCUCCUUGUGGCUCAGUCAGUGGGCUUGGGGUUAAACCAGGAACCUGCCUCUCAGAGACCACUCAACUAUCCAUUGGCUUAUAUAAAAGACACUAUACAGGGGGAUAAUCACAAUCCCAUACGCACAUUAGAAGAGCGUCGAACUUACCUGGGAUGCUUUUAUAUGACGACGAUGCUCUCUGCGUGUGCGAAAGACUUGGGUACAAUCAUUCGCUUUACAAAAUAUACCGAAGAUUGUUGCAAUGUUCUGGAGCAGGCUUCAGAAUAUCCCUCCGACGCUUAUUUAGUUCAAUUGGUUCGAAUUAUGAAUCUUGCUGAAAAGAUUCAAAACACUUUGUAUCGGACCGAAUUUCAUCUCUCAUCGGCCCCAUCCACGCCUCUUGGAUUGAGCAUACGGUGGCUCGAGGCUGAGCUUAAACAACUCAGAGCUCGCAUGCCCUCCGAGGAACUAUACUCGACCAUUAUCUCGUUUCACUGCAACACACUGGAGAUCCACCUUUAUCGGAUAGCCCUGAGUCCCAAUCAGUCCGACUCGCACUACGGUGACUAUCCUCUAGCAAGAUUGGAUCUCCUGUACCGCACCCUGGAAGCAACAAGUUCCUUCUUCAAAAGCGUCUUCUCUGUCCCCGCGUCCUUUUUCCCAUACCUCCCAUUCACAAUAAUGAGUCAAUUUGGAAAGGCAAUGAUCACACUGUCCCAGCUCUCCCUUUUUGAUCAUCCAGGUUGGGACCGAACCUAUGUCGAAAGCACGGUGGACUUCAAUCAAAUGGUCAACGCAAUAGGAGAAAAAUUGAAAGCUAGUCGAAGUUUCUUCGAGGAGGUUCUAGCUAAGAAGUCUGGUUCAACUGAACUACCCGAAAUUUUCGAAAGAAUGUCACUUCGAGGGCGCAUGAUGAAGUCAAUGCAUCAGAAAAGAAAGGACACGCUAGAGCAAACCACGCCCCCAGAAAUUAUGAAUCCUAUCGAUUUCAACUUCAUGCUGGAUGCACCUUUUGAUAUCCUAUUCCCGUUUGGUGAGAUGCCGGUCUAUACGCAAAUUGAUUGA